UUAGGACCGGAAUAUAAACAAAUUGUUUAGCAGGUGAAAAUCAGCCAGGAGAAAACUACGCAACAAACAAACAACAACAGAGAGAGGAAAAGCCAUUUCGUAGCAACUGCGUAGUGCUUCCCAACGGAUCAACAGAGCAAUGCCGGAAGAAGAGCCGCCACAGAAGCCCAUGGAGGAGGAGGAAGAAGAUAGCGAACAGGAUCAGGAGCAGGUAGAAGAUGAGCAGCCGCAGAUAGCUCAGGGCUUGCAGCAACAGCAGGAGGAGGAGCUGCCGUCACAAGACACACCCGCACAGCAGCCAAUAGAGCCAGUUGUCGUGGCUACCGAAUUAACAGCUGAAGAGAUGCGAGCCCGACGCCUCCGCACCUUGGCCGCCCGCAGUGGCCUGCAGAGCUCACUAGCCCCAUUGACGCCCAGUCCGGAAAAGACGCCACGCAAACAGACCAAUGUCUCCAGUGAGUCUCGCCUGGUCCGAGAGGCCACACCAAGUAACAAGGAGGUUGUCUCCCUACCCACACCGAAGCCAGCUCCUGUCACCGUCUGGCCAGAACUCGGUGGCAAGCCGGACUUGGAUGUGGAAAUGAAGUCAGUCGCCUCCACGCCAGUUCAAGACGUGGAAAUGACGCCGGCUCUUAGCCUGCCAGCUCCCAACGAGAGCACCAAACGGAGUGUUGUGCAAAGCACUAAAAUAUCCCCUGGAAAUCCCGAAGUAACCAUGGAGUCAGUGAGCAGUCCUCCCAAGAACGUGGAUGAACAAAACGAACAGCUGCUCUCGCGACUACUGAACGCCACGUGGAAUGAAUUCGGCAGCGGUUCCAUUAUCUGCGCGCAAACCGCUAGCUUCCUGGAGCAACAGCCCAUCCGCCGAUUUGAUUUUGAGUGCAUCGUAUCCAAUGUGCUGAUGGAAGCUGCGCUGAAGAUUUUUAACGAUGAGCUGAACGAGGGAGAGGGCGAUUCUGUACUGGCUGAAGACAAGGAGUUCUCAUCUGCCAAAAAGAUCAAAUCCGAUGAUACAGAAGUGCAAGAAAUUCUGGCCAAUGCGGUGGCACAGACAGUGCCCAGCGAAGAGGCAGCAGCUGGCGGAGCAUCGGGACCAAUGGAGGCGACCAACAGCGAGCCCGGAAUAGCCUGCGUGGCGCCGUCUGUGCUCAGCAUAGUGACCACGACCAAACACAAUGUGCUGCUCUAUCUCAUCCGCUGCUAUCAGAACUAUCAGACGGAGUGCUGCCGCAAGAUGGCCUACAACCAGCCAAUCUUGCAACUCGCCUUUGAGCACGUAAUGCGGAUGACGGUGCUGGUGCUGACCGAUCGCAUCCACCAGAAUCUCAACGGGCACAUGGACCAGUCGGCUCUGCUCGAGCUCAUGUACAUGGAGAAGGUGAGCGAAUCCUUCCUCAUCGAUUUGAUGGCCCACACACACCCAGAUGGCGACACCUUCGACGCCAUCUUCGGCCAGGUGUUGCGCGGACUCUUUGCCGGUAUGCAGCGGAACAUUUGCACCUCCAAGAUCAAUGUGCAGCAGAUCGAAUGGCUGGCCAAGCUGGUCGUGAUCAAGGUGGGAUCCGUCCGACCAAUUGCUGAUCUCGUGGCCCGGCAGCCCAAUUUCCUGCCACCCAUCUGCACGAAGAUCUCGGGACGGGAAAUCGUGAAGUGCAGCUUCCUGGGACCCUUUCUUUCCGUCUCCCUGUUCGCCGAGGAGAACGUUAAGUUUGCUGAGUUUAGCACCAAGAACAAACUGGAGGAUGCGGCUAGUUCGCGUCUACGUUGGGAGCUGCAUUCAAUGCGCACUCACAUGCACGUCGUGUUCCACUCGCUGUGCGUGAAUGCCAGCAGCCGUUCGAAGACGAUGGAGUAUAUUGCCAAGAUCCUGCGCCACAAUGACCGCCGCGUCCAGUUCGCCAGCGACGAGAAACUGCUAGCCCGCGACGGCUUCGUAAUCAACCUGAUGAGCGUGCUCCAGCAGCUGGCGGUGAAGAUAAAGCUGGAUCGCAUCGAUUCAAACUUUCACUACCACAAGAACUCCCUGGUUAACAUUGAGCAGGACACGAAGAUCCGGUAUAACGAGGAGGAGUAUCGCAACUUCCUAGCUCGUGAUUUUAGUGAGCCGGUAGAGAAUGCCAACUUCCAAACGCAAUGCUGGUUCCUCACCUUGCAGGCCCACCAUCUGGGCUAUUUGCCCGCCAUUCAGCGCUACCGCCAGAAGGUGCGCGCCAUCAAGGAGCUGCAAAAGCUCAUCGACGAGCUGGACCGCACCAAGCCCCAUUGGGUCAACUCUCGCUAUGCCAACCGCAACAAUCAGUUCAAAGAGCGCUGGGAAAAGCAGCUGCGUAAGCUCAAUCGUUCCAAAACCUGCAGCGAGAUCACCCUUCUCGAUCCCGCCCUGCUCCAGCGAUGCACGGAAUUCUAUUCGACGGUCUGCGAAUUUAUGCUCUACCAGUUCGAGGGUCGCCCCAUCGAGGGACCUUUCAUCUCCAAGGUGCCCGUGCAACAGCUAAAGCCCACGGAUGCAUUUUCCGCACUGCCCGAAUGGUAUAUCGAUGAUAUCGCCGAGUUUAUUCUCUUCACCAUGCAGCACGCCAACGUAGACAUACGCCAGGGCAUCGACCACUCAAUCAUCACCUGGCUGCUGACCUGUGUCUGCGCCUCGCACCUUAUCAAAAAUCCCUAUGUGACUGCCAAGCUGGUCGAGGUGAUGUUCGUGUUCUCUCUGAAGCCGGCCAACUCGGUGAACACAGCUAUGUGGAACCACGAACUGGCCCAAAAUGCCCUGGUCAGCGCCCUAAUGAGAUUUUAUGUCGACGUAGAGACAACGGGCCAAAGCACUGAGUUUUACGAUAAGUUUACCAUAAGAUACCACAUUAGCCAUCUGUUCAAAUCCAUGUGGGAGAAUCCCAUCCAUCGGCAGGCCGUUAUCUGUGAGUCACGUGUGGGCAAUCAGUUUGUGAAGUUCGUCAACAUGCUGAUGAAUGACACCACAUUCUUGCUGGACGAGUGCCUGGAAAACCUAAAGCGCAUCCAUCAGACCCAGCAGCUGCUCUCGGACAAAGCGAACCUAAGCAAAAUGAGUGCGGAUCAGCAGCAGAGUCGGUUGACCCAGCUGGCAACGGACGAGCGCCAGUGCCGCUCCUACUUGACGCUGGCUCGCGAGACAGUCGAUCUGUUUCAUUAUCUGACGAGCGACAUCAAGGAGCCGUUCAUGCGUGCAGAGCUGGUAGAUCGCCUUAGCUCUAUGCUUAACUUCAACUUGAAGCAACUGGCCGGGCCCAAGUGCAAUGACCUGAAGGUCAGGAACCCGGCCAAGUAUGGUUGGGAGCCCCGCAGCCUCCUGGCCCAGAUCUUCGACAUUUAUCUGCACUUGGACUGUGAUAGAUUCGCUCAGGCCCUGGCCGCUGAUGAGCGCUCCUUUAACGUUGAAAUUUGCAAUGAGGCAGCGGCGAGGAUCAAGCGUCUGGCCAUCCGCUCUGCGGUGGAGGUGGAACGAUUCAAGGCUCUCACCCAGCGAGCCCACGAAAUCUUCAUUACCAACCAACAGACUGAAGAUGAAUGCGCCGAUGCGCCUGACGAGUUCAAGGAUCCAUUAAUGGACACCCUAAUGUCAGAUCCCGUUGUGUUGCCCUCCGGCACGGUGAUGGACCGCGCGAUUAUUACACGGCAUCUGCUUAACAGCUGCACUGACCCCUUCAACCGCCAGCCCCUCACUGAGGACAUGCUGGUGCCGAACAUUGAGUUAAAGCAGCGCAUCGACGCCUGGCGCCGGGAGCAGCGUGGCAAGCGGAACAACAGCUAAGUCCUGCCCCUUCCGUUAUCCCUCCCCUACGCCUAGGACUAGUUUAAUGUGCAGUUUUAGUGUCUACCUAUAUUCUACAUCUAUAUAUAUAUAUAUAAAUAUUCUUUGUGCAGGAUUUAGUUUGUAUUUGUGGCGCGCCCACC